UUACUGUUAGUGCAGCUGUGAUUUGCGUCAUAAGUGCAAAUUGGAAGAAAUAUACAAAUAUAUUUAUGAAUUAUAACUAAUUACGUGUGUCCAUCAUAAUUUAAGAACGUGUUUAGUGAACAUGACGCCCCGUCGAGUCUUGCAGUAGACGUUAGUCCCCCUUGAUUCUCUGGACUUUUCGGCAUUUUACAAUAUUUUUAGACCGUAACCUCGAUUCGAGCAUACAGACCUACCGUGGUUCUCAAUAAUACUCGAGAACGUAAACAGAGCGAGCGCCGGUAUCAAACCAGCCAGUACACAAAAACCAAAUCCGGCGAAGUAAUCGUUCGGUAACGUCAACAACAUUCCAGAGCAGGUUCGCUGCUUGUCACGGUGUAUACGUUUGAUAACUCGGUCCGGCUAGUUCCAGCUCUCGGAAACUUCGCGCGUAGAUUUCUUCCAUACCAACCGAGCAACAGUAUUGCUCACCGGUAUCCGUCGUUGGAAAAUAACAGGAAACGUCUUGUGUUGUGAUCGCGUGUGGUGCGCUUCUGUCGUGUAACGUGCGCGCGAAGGAUGGCUUUCUGAACGGAGAAAGAUGGGGAUAUUAGGUUAGGGAGCGAGAGAGCGAAAAGAUGGCGCGUGAGAGGGUUGUGCGUAGGGGUUGGUUGGUAGAGAUGGCACCCAGACCAUGAUCCGCGGAGGGUGCGAUGAGGAAACAAGAGAGACGAUGAGAAGGGAAGGGCUGGUAUGGUUGGUUAAACGGUGGCUGUUCUCGGUCGAGGGGGUAGGGGAAGGUACGCGAAGGUAGGAGAGAGGGAUGCUGGGGCGGUUCAAGCGGGAUCGAGUUCACGCCGAGUGAAGUGCGCCAGUUUGUGUCAGACCACGGAGCACGGAAGAUGCUCCCGGUAGUUCACGAAACGGGUGGACCGCCCUUAUCGCGCCGGCGGCGUCGCGCGACCAUUUUUCACGGUGUCGUGUCAAAUACGCUUGGAAACAUCAGGAACGUUGGAAGCUCACGGAUCACCAGGCCGUUAUCUACGUUCACCGUCAUGACCACGGCGUUCAGCAUACUGAUGGUCCUGCUGCCUGCUGCCUACCCGGACAAGAUCUCCAUCGGUGCAAUCUUCGAACAGGGCACCGACGAAGUGCAGUCAGCCUUCAAAUUUGCGAUGGUCAACCACAACCAGAAUACCACAACUCGCAAGUUUGAGUUGCUGGCUUUCGUAGAUGUAAUUAAUACUGCGGAUGCCUACAAGCUAUCCCGCCUCAUUUGCAGCCAAUUCAGCAGAGGGGUGUUCUCCAUGUUGGGUGCCGUAAGUCCGGAUUCGUUCGACACCCUUCAUUCUUACAGCAACACGUUCCAGAUGCCUUUCGUCACGCCCUGGUUUCCCGAGAAGGUUCUGACACCGUCCUCCGGUCUCCUGGAUUUCGCCAUAAGUAUGCGCCCGGAUUAUCAUCGUGCCAUCAUCGACACGGUACGAUACUACGGCUGGAAGAAGAUCAUCUACCUAUACGACUCCCACGAUGGAUUGCUCAGGCUGCAACAGAUUUACCAGGGUCUGAAACCAGGCAACGAGUCCUUUCAAGUGGAGACUGUUAAACGAAUACAGAACAUGUCCGAAGCGAUUGAUUUUCUCCGGAGCUUGGAAGAGCUCAAUCGGUGGAGCAACAAAUACGUAGUGUUGGACUGUCCUACGGACAUGGCGAAGGACAUCGUCGUGAGCCACGUGAGGGAUGUUGCCCUAGGGAAGAGAACGUAUCAUUAUUUAUUAAGUGGGCUGAUAAUGGACGAUAGAUGGGAAAGCGAGGUGAUCGAAUACGGAGCCAUCAAUAUCACUGGUUUUCGCAUCGUGGACGCUACACGACCGUACGUCAAAGAUUUCUUAGCUAGUUGGCAUCGACUUGACCCAGCAAAUUCUCAAGGAGCUGGUCGCGAAUCCAUUUCCGCACAAGCAGCGUUGAUGUACGACGCUGUGUUUGUUCUGGUCGAGGCGUUCAACAAGUUUCUGAGAAAAAAGCCGGACAGAAGUAACGUGAGGAGAACUGGGAUACCGGGCAGUAAUCAGAUUACAAACGGUACCAGGGCUUUGGAUUGCAACAGUAGCCGUGGGUGGGUGACACCGUUCGAGUAUGGCGACAAAAUUUCCAGGUUACUGAGAAAGGUGGAAAUCGAGGGACUGACCGGUGAGAUACGCUUCAACGAUGAUGGUCGACGGCACAAUUACACCCUCCACGUCGUCGAGAUGACGGUCAACAGUGCCAUGGUCAAAGUGGCAGAAUGGACGGACGAGGCUGGGUUUCAAGCGAUCGCCGCGAAAUAUAUUCGACUUCGACCGCAUGCGGAAAUUGAGAAGAACAAGACUUAUAUUGUCACCACCAUCGUGGAAGAGCCAUACAUCAUGAAGAAAAAGUCGGAGAACGGAGAAGUACUCACUGGGAAUGAUAGCUACGAGGGUUAUUGCAAAGAUUUAGCUGAUCUUAUAGCUAAGAAAUUGGGAAUAACGUACGAGCUACGGAUCGUGAAAGAUGGUAAAUACGGCAUGGAAAACCCGGAUGUUCCCGGCGGUUGGGACGGGAUGGUCGGCGAGCUGAUACGCAAAGAAGCGGAUAUUGCAAUUGCCCCAAUGACAAUCACGUCUGAACGCGAACGAGUGAUAGACUUUAGCAAACCGUUCAUGUCACUGGGUAUCAGUAUCAUGAUAAAGAAACCUAUUAAACAAAAGCCUGGUGUGUUCAGCUUCCUAAACCCUUUGAGCAAAGAAAUUUGGGUGUGUGUCAUCUUUUCCUACAUCGGCGUGUCCAUCGUUCUAUUUACCGUGUCCAGAUUCUCGCCUUACGAGUGGAGGGUGUUAACACUGAGCAGUGGAGGGGAUCCUACAAUGGGUACAAGGAAUGACCCCACGUUACAACACCCCCAUGGAUCCCAGGGAUCACCCCAUAUGCCAACUUCGAGCAUGGCGAACGAUUUCAGCAUCAUAAACAGCCUAUGGUUCGCAUUAGCUGCGUUCAUGCAGCAAGGUUGCGACAUAUCUCCCAGAUCAAUAUCUGGACGAAUCGUGGGCAGUGUUUGGUGGUUCUUCACCCUGAUCCUAAUCUCAUCUUACACAGCCAAUUUGGCCGCGUUUCUAACAGUCGAAAGAAUGGUCGCACCGAUUAAUUCACCGGAAGAUCUAGCCUCCCAAACGGAAGUACAAUAUGGGACACUCUCGCACGGAUCUACUUGGGAUUUCUUUCGCAAAUCGCAGAUCAAUCUGUACAGCAAAAUGUGGGAAUUCAUGAACUCACGAAAACAUGUAUUUGUUAAAACGUACGACGAAGGUAUACGAAGGGUCAGAACGAGCAAAGGCAAAUACGCCCUUUUGAUAGAGAGUCCAAAGAAUGAGUACAUUAACGAAAGAGAGCCUUGUGACACGAUGAAAGUUGGAAGGAACCUUGAUGCUAAGGGUUUUGGUGUCGCGACGCCACUUGGAUCUCCGCUCAGAGACCCUAUAAAUUUAGCAGUGUUAUCGUUAAAAGAAAACGGGGAGUUAACGAAACUAGUGAACCGAUGGUGGUACGACAGAACAGAAUGCAGACACGGUGAUAAACAGGACGCGUCCAGAAACGAAUUAUCCCUGAGCAACGUGGCAGGGAUAUUUUAUAUUCUUAUCGGUGGUCUGCUUUUAGCGUUAGCAGUCGCUCUAUUGGAGUUCUGUUAUAAAUCGCAUACUGAAGCUACCAGAGCGAAGAUUCCAUUGUCGGACGCGAUGAAAGCGAAAGCCCGAUUGACGAUCGGUGGUGGUCGAGAUUUCGACAAUGGCCGGUACUACGCUCCGGCAAACGCGAUUGGCAAUACCGAGGGCGACCAGGUACACAGCAAUACGCAUACCCAGGUGUAAGUUACCUGGAGAGCCCGAGUGAGUCGCCCGCCAUCUCCUUGCCCACACCACCACCGCCGCCAGUGAUAGCGGUUCUGCCUCCGCCACCGCCACCACCGCCCAGAAGACCGGCUCGACGAAGCGUCACCUUCGCGGAAUCGCCGCCCAAGAGCCCGAAAAAGUCCAGGUUCUCGCCGUUCCAGCGUCGACCUAGCAUCACCUUGCUAGACAUCGCGGUCCCCUGGACGCCGGCCUCCCCUCGUGUCUGGAGCGGUCGUAUCGGCGAUUACAAACCAGAGUACAUCAUCUAAUGUCGACAUGAGAUUCGAAAAAAAAAAAAAGAAAAAAAGCGACGAUGAUUGACGAUCACCUUGACCCACAACCCCCUUUCGCAACGCGUUUACCGAUAGUCGAAUUCUCGCGUCGCUUGCUCCCUCGAUGAUUUAUAAAGUCGGUUCCUUGGUGUAAUCAGAGGUUGGUAUAACGAGGAAUAAUUCUAACUUUGUUUUAUUCAAAGACUCUGACGAUGAAUACGAUCGUUCGAACGAUACACCAUAGGGAUUCGUUGUUUUUCUACUUCAAGUUCCUCCACGCUCGACGCGUACUGCCAUAUCGUGGAAGAUCGAGCAACGAUCAAUCGCAGGAAUCCUUUCGGAACGAUCGAUUUAUCGGCAAGGAGCCCGACCAGGAAGAAUAAACCGUUUGAUAAACGCUGAGAAGGUCGAGGUUAUACCGCUGAGGAACCAUGAUAGAGUCCUAGCUGUUGGCCAUGUUUGUACAUUGUAUAUAUAUAUAUGUUGUAAUCGAACAGCGAGACGGUUCGAGGAGAGCAGGGUCGCGGGAUUCGAUAGUAGAAUUCGAUGGUCCUGGGGUGGGUGCAUGUGCAAAUCGUGAAACUCGAACUGAAUAUACUCAACUGCCAUAUUCCUUGUGGGGGAACGAGAGACCCUGACACACGCGAAACACUGAACACCUUUAACGUACACUCGCGCACAUUAUGUAUAUGUAAGUAUCGUAAAGAAGAAUACGCGUCGACCGUGAUGAAACUGCCAGGUGAAUAAUAAAUGACUAGAAGAUCCUGAAUCGUGGAAGUUUCGUGGAACCGAGGUGCCGAUAAAUGGACAGAUUGGGUCGACCGUGGGGACACUACUAUUAUUAUUAUUAUCAUCAUUAUUCUGAGUAUCAUUAUCACGUUUUUAUUGUCGAUUAUAGCUGAUUACGGAUCACUGUGUACACCGGACCGGUGCAAACUAUUUUGUGGAUCUCGCGAGGAUGGAUUUAUUCGUUGCGCAGGAUGCACCACUACUGAGACGCGGAUAAGUUUUUUAACUGACAAUGGUGUAUAAUUGCGUGAGUAAUGCGUGUGUGAUAAAUGUACGAUGGGGUGAAAGUCGUAGCGGUGUUGGUACGUAAUUAUUCGAUCAUUUAGCAAAGACAAAAUUUAAUUAAUAAUCUUUGGAUUUCAAAGCUCUCUAAUGAACUAUAUUAUUUUUAUGACACGCAUAUUUUUAAAAAGGGAUUAAAACAUCCUAUUUUUAAUUCUGAUAUCAUUUUUAUCAAAUAUUAGAAUCCUAACUAUUAUAAAAAAAAUUAAUUUAGAUAUGUUCCAUUAAUUUUGCUACCUGUUGGCUUAUACAUUGACUUAUACUACUUACUACUUAUCUAAAAAACACAAGUCAAUACUUUAACAAAAUUUGACUCGUACCCUUACGACUUUUAUCUCUCCGUAUAUAAUAUAAAUAUAAAUAAGAAAUAUAAAUAUAUAUAUAUAUACAAAUAUAAAUAUAAAUAUACAUACGUAUAGACGUUUAUUGAGAGACGUGAAUGAACGAGAUGCGAGCCUGUUACGAGCGUGUAUGGCACAUAGGUUAACGAUAUCGUGUAAACGCAUUAUUAAGUACCUAUAAAUGCCAGUUGACGGUGAUCCGAGCCGAGGGAACGUCGUUUCUUCUUUUCGUCGAAUGACACAAUUUUUACACUAGCUAUGAACAGACCUCCUUGCGUCGUCGGAUCGCCGUGAUCUGGCUCGAGGAACAACGUUUACGGCCAAGGUUUUUCGUGCCAAAAGACGAUAUCUCUCCCGACAAUCUAACAUCCGGUGCUACGAGCUACUCCAAAGAAAUAAGGAACUUUUUAACGAUACGCUGAAAGGUGGGGAGUUAGAUUAGGUCUUAAUGCAAUAUCAGGGAGGGGACUUGAAAGGUCUGAAGCUUUUUUCAGAAUAUGAAAAUUCAACUAUGUUACAUCGAGCUAUGUCAAAAUUAGAAAUCAAAAUACAAACUUCUCGACUCGCAUCAAAAUCAAAAAUCAAAAGUAUAGACAAGGCAAAUGUUUUCUUCGAGCCUGGAAAAUACUCUUUUAAGAGCUUGGCUAUUAAUUGUUCCUACUUUUUUAUUUUUGUUAUAUGAAAAAAGGAAUUUUUGAAAAGAAGAAUAAUUUAUAUUUCGAAAUAAUAAUUUGAAAGGAGUAACUACAAUCAAAAUUAAAAAUAAUAAACAUCCCAGAGUAAUCGUAGUACCGUACAAAAAGGGGGAGAGAAAUCGCAGAGCCAAAUUGCAUGUUGCGACGUAUAAAACUAUUUUUCUGGAGCCCACGUUAGCUAGCCGUUCGUAUUUGUUUAAACGAAUCAAACUGCCACAGAGCCAAUUAAUCUACGAAGAAAUCUUCUUGUGUGUUCAGUUCCAUGCAACCCUUUCGAAACUUCCACUGAAAGACGAUCGAGCCGAGCGAGUUUUAUACGUGGCAGCGACGAGACCGAUCUACCUAUCAUAUCGCCAGAUUUUCUUAUUACGACUAAUUGUUAUUUAUCACCGGUUAAUAACGAUAGACGAUGCGUAUAUCGGGUUUGAAAGCCGUUCGAUGGUAACGCGAUACAUUUCGAGAACGGUUCGGAAGAGAAACUCGGGAGAAACUCGUCUUGAUCGAAGGCCGCACGUGUUCUCACGAUCACUUUGAUUCGUUCGAAAUUGUACCAGGUAUUCAGAAAAAUAAUUAUCAUGAUUUACUCAGGUAAUUCUGCAUAAUAUAUUGAAUGAAUAUUUGCAAAAUAAAUCCAGUCAGAAAAUUUCAAUUUAAUAUUCCUUUAAUUGAUUGCGAUCGACAUUAAAAAUUUAAUAUAAUAUAAUCGAGUAAGAAAAUUUAAAAUAGCAUUAAUGUGAAGUUUAAAUUAAAAAAUAGAAGGAUCAUGGUACUUUCAUCAUGUAAAAGUGUUUAUUAAAUUUAUCAAGACUUGCUUCAAAAAAUAAACUUACCUCACAAAAGGGAAUCAUCUUUACAAAAUCAUGAUCAUUAUUUCGAUGACACCCUGUACGAUUGCAGCAAUCGCUACGCGGAAGCGUAAACAAUUCAAAGGAGGAAAUGAUUCGAGAGAAGAUGUACAGAUAACAAAGUUGAUUCGAGUGGCAUGAAAUUGAAAAAUUAUGAUGGUGUUUUUGUUCCCCCCCAAUCCCAUCGUUGUCGUUGACAUACCCGUGUUGCUGUUCGUCGUAACUUUUUCUAUACCCUCGAAGUUUAAGAAAGAAACUAGUGUCUGACAAGUAAACGAUGUAACAGUCCCCGCAUACCGUCCCAAAGUGGUUACGAGUGCAGCUCGAUUUUUACUUCGUUCACUUUGUAUUCUUCUUACUCUACAUGAAGCACGAAAUUCAUGUUCUGUACUGGAUAACUGUACAUACUUCGCGAGACCAUAAGAUAAUUUUGAUUUAUGAAUGGUAGAAAAAUUAAUAGUACUAUGUCUGAGUAAAUAAAUUCUGAUCGAAUGAGUUGCAUCUUAAUAUUCAGGGAAACUCCGUGGAAAAGAUCAAUGCAUAAUCAGACAAAGAAUAAUAGAAUAUAUUAUAUUAUUUCUUCUUUAUGAGAAAUAAUUAAAAAGCGAAGAAAAAAACUAAUGAACUUUUCGUUAAUUUGAAAAGGAAUCAAUUUAAUCAGUGGAAUAAGUCAACGUAUAAUCAGCCAAGGUAUAAUGCAAUACCUUACACAAUUUCUUUGUUAUAUUUAUAAAUUCAAAGGAAAUUAAUUUAAAUUAAUUUAUAUUCGAUAGAAAAAUUAACGUCGAGUGUUUAGAGGGAUCCAGUAGAACAGCUCCGUAUUUCUUCCGACAUUUAAGACAAUUCAUCUUUUCUGUAAUUAAAACACUUAAAAACCAAAGCACAAAAUAUCCGACAGAAUUUUGUAUUGUUACAUUCUAUGCUGGAUGACUGUAAAUAUUUCUCCUUUUACAAAACGAAAACCAUAGCUGAUUUUAUUACAUAAAAUUAAUAAAUUUUUCAAUUUUAUAUACGAUCAAAGAAAAUCGAUCUUCUAGAAACAUUCGACCACUCAUCAAUGAAUCAUUUCAUAUUCAGACAAGCUUUAGCUUUCGAUCAGAGUAUUUACAGAGAUCCAGUAGAAUAACCAGAUAUCUGGUCAGACGAACCGUGAAGAAAAAAGCGCGAUAGACUAAAAGCGUAAAAUGAAACUCCAAACGAAGCAUGAUUACCCGUAAACGAGCAAACUCGUCAAAUAUGAUAAAUAGAUUGCGGAUGUUCAUGCAAAUAGAUAUUUUUAUACAAUAUCGUCUUUUUUACACCGAUUAAAAGCAUCGUUUCAUUCUUUCAAUUUAGAACAUUCUAUGUAUUCUAAAUGUGUUCUGCAAUUUUUAUAAUGUAAGUUUGUUAUUUUAAAUUGUUAUAACAAUAAGAAAAAAAAUUACAACACUUACGAUCAAAUCAGGCUUUCCUAGGAAAAAUGAUAAUACAAGGGAAGCAGAGAUUUUCAAGAUCCUAAUUUUGACGAUAUUAAUAUUAAAAGUAAUUCUGAAAGAAAAUGAUAUAAUACAACUGAGAAAUAUGAAUAAUAAAUAAAUAUUAAUUCAAUAUUUUGGUGGUCCACCACAGACCUAUGUGUAUGGGACCCUUUCCCAUACAUUGCCAUUCUCCCCCUGGUCACCUAUAGGGUGAAGUGGGAGCCUAGGAAACUUACAAAGGGGGGCAUAGACAUUUUUCCUAGAGAAACCUGAUUUGAUCGCAAAUGAACAAUCUUAUAACAAAUUAUAAUAAAAUUAUCAAAUAAUUUGUUAUAUAGUAUAAACGUGAUUUUAGAUAUAAUAUAGACUUUGUGUGUGUCUUGCAUGCUUUCAUGCAUAAAAAAUGCAUAAAUAUUCGCAGUCUAAAAAUGAAGGACGAAAUAAAAGAAAUAAAAUAGCGUCUUCCAGUUUGCGCUUUCACUCAUCGCUGCAUAAGAAUUACGCUCGUACCUUCGAUUCGAGUAUCCUUUGUCAUCUCCCGUACCAUUCCGUGGCAUGAUACGAUCGAUUCCCUUGUAAACCGUUGUAUACCAAUCAAAUUUGUCACAAUACAGGAUCGUUUAUUUAAAUGUAACCCGUGAUGUCUUUCAAUUCGAUCUACCUCCCCUUUAAAUCAAUUUUCAAACAGAGUGAAUCACUCUGUCAAAUAUUAAUUUUCGUAAUUAAUAUUUUCUUUCUCCAAAGCAAAACAUCGUCAAACUGUAUGAUGUUAAAAAUUGCUUAUAAUUUUGUGUACCAUUAAAAAAACACAAUUUUCAUGUUCCACGUGAAAUUAUUCUCUCUCCGAUAAACUAAUUUGUAAUUUAAUAUUGGUUACCGUCAAAAGUUCGAUCGAUAGUCAGAAUUUCAUUCGUAAAGCAAAUAUUUGCUUCAAUUACUUUAUGGUAGAAGUUACACGUAUCCAGAUGAAAUUGGACCU